UUAAAGAAUUGGAUUGAAAAAAAAUUGCCUUAGAAUCUUGGAUUGCACCUGCAUAGACAAAUCCCAAGGUUUUGGUAAUACCAAGCUUACAUUCAAUGGGAGAAGCUUGGAAUCUCUCAAUUGCCCCCAUCUUUUCUUUAAUCUUCUUGUAAAUUUUCUUUUCUAUUCAAAGAUUCCACUUCAAAUCUCAUCCCAUUUGUAUCGAUUUCCAAAUCUCUCAUUUUGGUCCACCCAUAUUUUAUUUAUACUGCCUCUUCAAUGAAGUGCCGUUUCUUUUGCCUACUUUUAUUGCUAAUUUUAAGAUUUUGGAGUUUUCUUGUCUCAUCAAAGAGUUUUGAGAAUUCAGAAUUCUCUGUUUUGAAUCCGUAUGGGGUUAAUUCUGAAGGAGUGACUCGAAUUGGCGGCAGAUCUCUCUUGUCUCUCCCACUGAAAGGUAAAAGUAGUACUGCUCUUAUUGCUGCUUUGGAUGGAACAAUUCAUUUGGUGGAUAGUAAUUCUAUGAAGAUAAUUUGGUCAUUUAGUUCUGGACCACCAAUCUAUUCGUCAUAUCAAGCUAAUAUCAAUCAUGAACACAAUCAAGAAAAUGCUUCAGGUGUGGGCAGUUCCUUCUUUUUUGAUUGUGGGGAUGACUGGGAGCUUUACAUACACACUGAGCACGGUAAAAUGAAACUACCUAGCACGAUUGACGAGGUUGUCAGAAAUACACCUUACAUAUUUGAGGAUGGUGCAGUGAUGACUGGUUCUAGGAAAACUACAGUUUUUGAGGUUGAUCUUGUGACUGGAGAGCUUAUUCGUAAUCACAUGUCUAAGUUUUUAUCAUCUGAACUAAGCAAUGAAGAGCCUGGUAGUUAUAAAUCUAAACAGAAUAUGGACAUUAAGGAUUUGAUGCAAUCUAGUAUGAUGAACCCUGUUGAGCCACGUCUGUACAUCACAAGAACGGAUUAUUCUCUGAAAUCAUCUUUUUCGAACUCUGAAGAAGCCUCUUGGAGUUUGAAUGUUGCUGAAAUUGGAGCUACCUUACUCUGUCCAGAUGUCGAGAAUCCAAUAGAAGGCAUACCUUGGACUCUUCAAAAUAAUAAUAGUUUUGGAAUUGAUUUUGCUAUGCCAUUGUCUUGCCAAUCAAAAGCACUUGUCUUUCGUGAUCGAAGCCAUUUUUUGUCAGGACCAUCUGGAUAUAAAAGACUACCAUCAGAGGCUCAUAAUAGCAAUAACAUAUCUUUAGUGUCUGCUUCAGGUUCAUUCCUUCCUUCCCAAUUAACGGUUGGUAAACAUAUAAACACUGGGUCGGAGAAGUUCAUGCUUACUGGGCCCGUUAACAAUACCUCUUAUAGGGUAGUUCCAUUGCCUUCAAUGAAAAUCAAUGAAUCAAAUAUUAUUCAGGAACAAAAAAUGGGGACUCUACCUGGAGCCUUUGGAUUGUUUUUUGUAUUUUUAUUGACCAUGCUAGUGGGAUUGAUGAAGUAUGGCCGGACAUUGGCUGUAAAGGUAAAACAAUCUUUCUUAAAAGAGCAAUCGUCCUUGGGUACUUCUAAUUCAAGAGUUAUCUCUUCAAAGAAAAACAAACCUCGAAAGUCGAAAAAAAGUGGAAGUUCUGGGAAAAGAGAGGUAUCCAUUUCAUCAGAAAUUGAAGAUAUGCUUCUGCAACGCGAGGACAAUCUUAAUAACGGGUUUCAUGAUAAUAAUCUUACCAAUAUUGCCGGUAGUGGACGUCGGGUUGGUAAAUUAUGGGUAACCAACAAAGAGAUAGCCACAGGUAGUAAUGGCACAAUUAUUCUUGAGGGAAUCUAUGAAGGGAGACCAGUUGCUGUGAAACGCCUUGUGAAGACUCACCAUGAUAUUGGCUCUAAGGAAGUUCAAAAUUUGAUUGUUUCUGAUCGUCACCCAAACAUUGUUCGAUGGUAUGGGAUGGACAGUGAUCAAGAUUUUGUAUAUCUUUCAUUGGAACGAUGUACUUGUAGCCUUUAUGAUUUGAUUAAAAUUUACUCUGAUCUCCCCAUGAACUCUAUGCUUGGCUUGGAUCAAGAUACUGGACGCAUGGAUGAGUAUAAUAUACAUUUGGAGUCGAUCAAAGUUGCUAUGCCAAAUUUGAAAUUGUGGAAUGAAAAUGGUCGUCCAUCUUCAGUUCUUCUAAAACUCAUGAGGGAUAUAGUAGCUGGGCUUGAGCAUUUGCAUGAGUUGGGGAUAAUUCAUCGAGACUUGAAGCCACAAAAUGUGUUGAUAGUUAAGCAACAAUCAAUAUGCUCAAAGCUCUCAGAUAUGGGAAUCAGCAAGCGUCUUCCAGCUAAUGUAUCAUCAUUGGGACAUCGUGCCACUGGUUGUGGGAGUUCUGGUUGGCAAGCCCCUGAACAACUUCUUCAUGGACGACAAACUCGUGCAAUUGAUUUGUUUAGUUUAGGCUGUGUUCUCUUUUUCUGCGUCACGGGUGGUAGACAUCCAUUUGGUGAUAGUCUUGAGCGUGAUGUCAAUAUUGUGAACAACAAGAUGAACUUGUUAUUGGUGGAUAACAUCCCCGAAGUUGUAGAUCUUAUUUCUCAAUUGUUAAAUCCUAACCCUGGUUUGAGACCGAAAGCAUCAGAAGUGUUACAACAUCCUUUAUUUUGGAGUCCAGAGAUGCGACUUUCUUUUCUUCGUGAUACUAGUGACAGAAUAGAAUUGGAAGACCGGGAGACUGAUCUCUUGAAAGCAUUAGAGAGUACUGCACAAAUAGCUUUAGGCUUGAAAUGGAAUGAAAAGCUGGAACCAAUUUUCAUCGCUAACAUUGGUCGGUAUAGGCGUUACAAGUAUGAUAGUGUUCGAGAUUUAUUGCGUGUUAUGCGCAAUAAAUUGAAUCAUUAUAGAGAACUGCCAAAAGAAAUUCAGGAGCUUGUUGGAUCGAUUCCGGUGGGAUUUGAUGACUACUUUACUAGAAGGUUUCCAAAACUCUUGAUUGAAGUUUACAAAGUUAUAAGUUGUUUUUGUAGGCAGGAAGAAUGCUUCCAGAAGUACUUUAAAAGCCAUGUAGAUUAAAUUAUCAAGUACCAACUGUAAAUAUAGCUGUAAUAGAUCUUCUGUACAGUUUACAAAUAACUAUAAUUUGUACACAGAUUACGAAAAUUCAGUACUUGACAAAGAACAAGAGUUCAAAUGUUUGUGAAA